AAGAUAUUUUACACAAAUUUAUCUUUGUAAACUGCUUCUUGCAACUAAAUAUCUUUUUGUUCGAAGCAUAAUUUGGCCCAUAUCUUAAAACUAAUGACAGGAUCUGAGUUUUGCAUUUAAAAAAAAAAUUGAAGCCUUCUUGUAAAUAUAUAAGACACCAUUCUCAUAUUGUCAAUGAAGAAGAAAUAAAAUAUAACAAGUUGAAGGAUGAUAGACAAUACAUUGACAAAGAAGACAAAAUGAAAUACACUUUUAAAAAUAAAUUGAAAACGAAUCCACCAAAAUAAAUGGAUAGAACACAAGUAUUCUUAAAGGGUAAGCAUUUAACACAAUACAACUCGAAAAACACUAAUAUAAAGAAAAUAGGAAUGUGCACACGAUGAUAAAUGAGAGAAGAAAAAUGGAGACGGGUUGAGGUAAUCUGUGACGAAAUGUUUUUUUCUGUCAACCAGGACAUUAGGAAAUAUACUUUUUUAAUUAUCAUAUCAGCUCAUUGCAAAGCAAGGUUUAAGUCAAGGUAUGAAGCCGACAUAAACACAUCUAACAAUUGAUAGGCUCAAAACUGAUAGGUUAGAUGGGAUCAACAUAGUCCACAAACUAAGAAUUACUCAACAAAAGAAACAUAAUCUAUAUAGCCAGUGGUCUAGUUUAGUAUAGUGUUUGUAUUAAUCACAUAUAAAUUCCGAAUUUGUUCACCAUUGAAGAAAAGAAAGCAUAUGUAAAGUAUAGUAAGGCUCAUGACAAAACAGCUGGCAUUACAGGACAAAAGUAAAUGUUUUGUAUCAGGUGUAUCCCCCUUAUCUUAAUAUAAUAUUUUAAAAAUCACCUGAUUGACUGCCACUUUAUUAACAUGAUGGAAAACAUAUCGUUACUGCUAGAAAGUCGAUCGGAAACUAUUUUUCGAUCACUUGGUGAAAAUAAUAUAUAAUAAUGCAAAAGAUCAAACUGUCUAGUCAAAAUGUCUGUUUAUGAACAUACUAUGUUACUUUUGAUACAAUCAUAAAUACUUACACAUUUAGAACCUUUAAUAGAUAGUAUUGCAAGAAAAAGGUACAAAUAUCCAAAAUUAGAAAUAAGUCAUAUAAUUACGACAAAUAUUUCCAUUUAAACUUUUGGUUCAACCUCACAUCUCAAUGAAUUACCUUUUAAUGUUUGCAACAAUAGAUGACAUACUUAAAAAUUCUUCCGUAUAAACUACAGGUAUAAAUUUAAAUGGCGAAUCAUGUAUUAGGAAUUUGUACAGAGUGUACUAAAGCAAAUGGCGAGGAGUUUUGCUUAGAAUGUGAAGUUAUUUUAUGUUCGAAAUGUAAAUUGUCUCAUCUCAAACGGAAAUCAAAUAGGAAGCACCAUGUCGAUAAAUCAUAUUCGAAGAUUUUAGAUAAGAGGCCAUCAUGUUUAAUUCACUCGAAAGAAGUUGUGUUUUAUUGCAGCUCAUGUUGUUUACUUAUCUGUCCUAGCUGCAUGCUCGAGAAACACAAACAACAUGACGUGGAUGAAAUUGAAAAUGCUGUGUCCAAAAAGAAGGAAGGUAUAUCAAGUGAAAAAGUGGAUCUGGAAUCUAGAUCAGAAAAUGUCAAACAAAUCGUUGAUGAUCUGAAUGUGUUUGAGGAAGCUUACAAGAUUGAUAAUGCUACCUUGAAAAAGGUGAUCAAGGUAAGAGGUGAUACAUUAAAGGCUCUUAUUGAUAAACACACAGAAACUUUGGUAGAACGCGUAACUCUAGAAGAAAGUUCUCAAAUGACCCGGAAGUCGGAAGAGGUUUAUAAACUUGAGGAUACAAAACUGCUAUGUGAUCUCCAAAUCGAACGUCUAAAAGGUUCUCUAGAGAACACAAAAGAUAUUGAUAUACUUUUGUCUUAUGGAGAAUGGGAGGAAGAUGUCCAGCACUUAAAAACUAGAGAAAUAAUUGAAUUUAAACCUAUUCCACCUAUUAGAUUUUCAGAACCAGGCAAAGAUGAAGACACCAUUAAAGAAUUAUUCGGAGCGGUAGAAAUCGGAUUUUUUAAACUACAAGAAGGAGAUCACGUCAGGAUCAAGUUAUCAGUAACCGAACCAAUCAAUGGCUGGGGAGAUGUCACACACGACAGUAUCGGCAUUGUCAGAGGUGUUAAUGAUGACAUCGUAACAGUCGAUUUCAAAGAAUUUUCUGGUUGGGAAGCAUUUGUUUCGGAAGUUGAACUUGUAAAGUCUGGUAAUGAAGACCAGUAAGAUGUCUGGAGAAAUGUUGUUAGUGGACCAGGAAACAAUAAUCAUUUGAAUUAGAAUAUAGACUGUUCUUGACAUAAGAAUUUGUAAAACAAUAUUUUUUGUAAUUAUUUAAUUUAUAAGUAAAUGAUAAUGUAAAUAUCGUGGCUAUAAGUUUUCUUUUAAUCAUGUAUAAAAACAUUGUAUGCUUGACUAUAUAUUUAUAUCUUAUUAAAAAAAGUCUUACAAA